AUGAAUGCAUCAGCUACCUUGCAGGAGGAUAACGGCAUCUGUGGAAGCGAUUCGGACUCCAAUCCCGACGACUCAACCGACUACUACCAGCCGAUUUCCUCCGUCGACCACAACGGCGGCGAAGACUCAGACGACGGCGGCGGAGGAGAUUUCUCCGAUCAAGAUCCCAACUCUACUUUCCAUCAACAACCGAAUGGCUGGGUGGAGAACGGAGUAUCAUCGCUUGAUAUAAUAAGCGAUGAGGACGCCGAUGAAGAUGUGGAGAAGGAGGUCGAGGAGGCCACCGAAUCGGAGAGGGCGAUAGAGCGAGCUUUCAGAGAGGACGAGGCGCGGCGGAACGCUCCUCUGACGGCGGAGAACUCCGGCAGGGUGAUGGACGCGAUGCGUCGGAUCUCGUUCGGCGGCGGCGCUCCGGACUGGACGGGUCAGAUCCCCGAAGAUCAGUGGAUCGAUCGGCUACGGAGGUUGCGGCCGCCGUCCUCCGCCACUUCUGCACCAUUUGAUCACUGA